UUUGUUUUUUAUUGGAUGAGUUGCAAAAAUGACUGAGUUGAGUGAGCAUGAUACUGCGAUUCUUAAUUCGAUUUUGUACCCCAAUCUACCCCUAAGUGACUCGUUGGAGGCGGCAAAACUCCAAGACAUCGAAGAGGACACUCCCGACGUCCAAAAAACCAAAAAAAUGGAAAUUGAAGCCGUGCAAUUGGCCGAAACCGGAAAAUUCGACGAGGCUAUUACAAUGUUGAAUCAAGCCCUGGAAAUCACACCCCAACGAGCAUCGAUUUACAACAACAGAGCGCACGUUUACCAAUUUCAAAAAAAAAUUACAGAGGCUUUUAACGACUUGACAAAAGCAAUCGAGUUGUCUGGCGAUAAUCAGAAGAAAACACUAUCGCAAGCACUCUGCCAACGCGGUAUUUUACAUCGAAGAGAAUCACGAUUUGAAUUGGCCAAAAAUGAUUUUGAAAUUGCCGCCAAAAUGGGUAACCAAUUUGCCAAAAGUCAAUUGGUAGAAUUGAAUCCGUAUGCCGCCCUAUGUAACCAAAUGUUGAGAAAAGUGAUGAACAAUUUGUAACAAGACCUUUCUGUAAUUAUAUACAAUAUUCUUUAUUUCUGUAUAUCAAUAUAAUUAUAUGAAAACA